AUGACUUCAAUGGAGGAAUUAUGGACUAAUUGGUUAUGUGAAAUGGAUUCAGAUGACUACAGUUUCAUCAACCAAUCAAGCAUAAAUGCAGACACUGUUAGUAGUUUUGAGAGUAACUUAGAGAGGCCUUCAAAGUUACGCAAAACAGAUUCUUCAUCAACUUGUUCUUAUAAUAUUUCGUUUGAAAAUGAAAAUCCACCGCCAAUAACAGUUGAACCAGCUUUGAAACCAAAAUCCAAAACUGUGAAGAAUGAAUCAAAACGUGCUAUUAUUCAAGAGAGCAACAAGAAGAACGGUUCAUUAUCCAAAUCUGCAACUGAUCACAUACCAGAUCAUAUUAUUGCUGAGAGAAUAAGGAGAGAAAAGAUUAGCAAACAGUUCAUAGCUCUUUCAGCUCUUAUUCCAAAUCUAAAAAAGAUAGACAAGGCUUCUGUUUUAUGUGAUGCUAUUAAGUAUGUGAAGGAGCUUAAGGAGCAAGUGAGAGUGUUGGAGGAACAAUGCAAAAAGAAAAGUGUAGAAUUAAUGGUGGAUGAACAUAUUUCUUACACAUCCUCAUUUAAUGAAACCUCAAAAACAAAUAUGUUACUGCCAGAAGUUAAAACUAGGUUGUCGGGUAAGAAUGUGGUGGUUCGAAUCCUCUGUGAGAAAGAUAAAGCAGUGAUGGUGAAUGUGUAUAGAGAGAUAGAGAAACUUCAUCUUUCAGUUAUCAAUGCGAGUUCAUUUUCCUUUGGUUCCUCUCUUCUCGCCAUAACCAUCAUCACCAAGGUGGAGGAUGAAUUGAACAUGAGCAUGAAGAAACUGGCAAGAAACCUUAGAAUUGGACUGAUGCAAUUGAAUUAG